AUGUCAAGCAUUGAUGAUAUUUUCAAGAAACCGUCCCACCCGUCAAAUAUUAAACGAAAGCUUGAACCGGCGCGGGAUCCCACUGAGAUAUACAAGGCCGCGAAGCUCGACGCGAACAGAGAUACAAUCAGAGGCAAAGAAGCAACAGUUGAAGAUGAAGAUGAUGAUGAUGGUGUUGCAGGUCCUGAACUUCCGCCAGACUUCGAAGAAGAUAUCCCAGAUGACGAAGAGGGUAGAUUUUUCGGAGGUGGUGUAACGAAGGACACCACCAAUGCCCUUGACUACAUUGACAAGCAUGAGAAUGAAGGGGCUUCGCCCCAGGUAAUCGACUCGGCAUGGUUACGACGUACUGCCUUGAAUUUUGAAAAGAAAGUAUCGAAGAAUGCUGAACUUCGGGUUAAAUUUGAAAAUGAUCCCCAAAAAUUCAUGGCUUCCGAGGCUGACUUAGAUGUCGAAAUCAAAGCCCUCUCGAUUUUAUCAGAGCAUCCGCAACUGUAUAAAGAGUUUGCUGAACUUGGUUGCGCUGGCUCACUGGUUUCCUUGUUAACCCACGAGAAUACCGAUAUCUCAAUUGAUGCGAUACAAAUACUUGGUGAGCUGAUUGACGAGGAUGUGGAAGCUGAAGAAGAUCAGUGGGAUGCCGUUGCAAACUCCAUGUUGGACGCGGAUAUUCUUGAACUUUUAUCACAAAACCUUACCCGAUUAAACGAGGAUAAUGAGGUGGACCGGUCCGGUGUAUAUCACAUACUAGAUAUCUUGGAGAGUUUGGCUUCGAGGCCAUCCAUCGCAGAUCGGAUUGGACAAGAGUCAGGCAUCAUGCCCUGGCUUCACAAGCGCAUAUCAAAGAAUGAAAGAAGAGUAUCCCAAAAUAAACAGUAUUCUACCGAGAUACUUGCCAUAUUACUACAAACCUCGUCAAAGAACCGACUACGAUUUAUCAGGUUAGGAGGAGUUGAUACAUUACUCCAGCUACUGAGUGUAUACCGAAAACUUGACCCCCAAAAGGAUUCCGACGAAGAAGAAUACUUUGAGAAUUUAUUUGACUGUUUGACCUGCGUGGUGGAUGAGGAUGAAGGAAAAGACAAAUUUAUUGAAGCGGAGGGAAUUGAGCUUGCACAGAUUAUGCUGCGAGAAGGCACGCUAAGUAAGCCACGGGCAUUGCGUGUUCUGAAUCAUACCCUUGGUGGACGAGGAGGGUUAGGGGCAUGUGAGAAGUUUGUUGAAGCUGGCUUGUUAAGAACAGUCUUUGGCAUGUUUAUGAAAAAGCAAGAUAAAUCGCUUACGGAACAUCUUCUGGGAAUCUUUUCAUCAUUGCUAAGGCUACUUCCUGGUGACACACCUGGGCGAAUUCGAACGCUAGCAAAAUUCGUGGAGAAAGAGUAUGAAAAGGUUGCGAGAUUGAUCAAACUACGGCGAGAGUAUAAGUCUAAGCUUUCCGCUGUAGAACAAGAUAUUAACCAGGAAAAGAGCAAUCUUGGUCAAGAUGAUCACGACGCGCUGGCGGGAGAAUGGCUAUCCCGCAGGCUUGAUGCCGGGCUUUUCUCUCUACAGACUAUAGAUGUAAUCCUUGCGUGGCUUGUCGCCGAGGAUGACGGUGCAAAAGCCAAAAUAAAGUCGUUGAUGGCAGAUCAAGAUGAGGAUUUGAGUGUAAUCCGUGCAACGCUCCAAGAACAGCUGAGCGGACUUGAUGACUCUGAGCCAGACUAUCAGGACACUAGAGAUAUGCUAGACACACUUAUGAGCUUUUUAUAG